GUCACAUGGAAAAUGCAACCUGCAGUAGCUGCUUCACUACCAAUCACACAACAUUAACAAACCCAGACAGUGCAUGCUAAUACAGCGUGCUACAGACUUCGAAUUUCAUUAAUUUUACAUCCGCAAUGUCAAAUCUGUAAGAAACACAGGCAAAAUUCAUAGAUUGUGCCAAACGGGAAACAACAUUACGGUCAAAUACAGUUAUCGUGGCCUCUUCCUGACUCCAGCUCGGAGGCUGUUUUGGGCUGAAAACCAGCGGCAGCAGGGUCUUCAUAGGCUAGCGUCGGGCUAGCCAGCUAGCUAGCUAGCUACUAAAGUCGCUCACGGUAGUUGGCUAGCUGGCGAGCUGUGGUUACUUACGUCAUGGAUGAACAAGUCGUUGAAGUGAGGGGAACAAGUGGGGCAUUUUAUAAGGCCUUUGUGAAGGAUGUUCAAGAAGGAUCCGUCACUGUGGCAUUUGAAAACAACUGGCAACCAGAACGUCAGAUCCCUUUCCAGGAUGUGCGUUUUCCUCCUCCAACAGGGUUCUGCAAGGAAAUAAAUGAAAGUGAUGAGGUCGAGGUGUAUUCCAGGGCUAACGACAAGGAGCCAUGUGGCUGGUGGCUGGCCAAGGUCCGCAUGGUCAAAGGAGAGUUUUAUGUCAUAGAGUAUGCCGCAUGUGAUGCUACAUUAAACGAGAUAGUGACGCUGGAGCGGUUACGGCCGGUCAACCCAAAUAAACCAGCCAACAAAAACACCUUCAUCAAGAUCAGACUGGAUGUACCAGAGGAUCUACGACAGAUGUGCUCCAAGGAAUCGGCACACAAAGACUUUAAAAAGGCUGUGGGAGCAUUCAGUGUCACCUACGACUCCGAGAAAAAGCAGCUGGUCAUUUUGUCUGUGAACGAGGUCACAACAAAGCGGGCCAAUAUGAUGAGUGACAUGCACUUCAGAAGCCUUCGCACCAAACUGUCUCUCAUGCUGAGGAACGAAGAGGCCAGCAGACAACUGGAGAGCUCAAGGCAGCUGGCGUCACGGUUUCAUGAACAGUUUGUGGUUCGGGAUGAUCUGAUGGGUCUAGCCAUCGGGACUCAUGGGGCCAACAUUCAGCAAGCGAGAAAAGUCCCCGGAGUUACUAACAUAGACCUGGAUGAGGAGACCUGCACCUUCCACAUAUAUGGAGAGGAUCAGGAGGCUGUCCGUAUGGCCAGGAGCUACCUGGAGUUCUCUGAAGACGUCAUCAAAGUUCCCCGGAACUUAGUAGGGAAGGUGAUAGGCAAAAAUGGCAAACUGAUCCAGGAAGUGGUUGAUAAAUCUGGUGUGGUGCGUGUUCGUAUUGAGCCUGAGAGUGAUAAAAAGCCCCUGGCGGCUGCAGGUGUGGCGGCGGCGGCGGCAGCAGCGGCGGCGGCAGUGACGGUGGCAGCAGGAGCAGCAGAAGAUGAUGAGGGAAUGGUUCCAUUUGUAUUCGUUGGGACAAAGGAGAGCAUCACCAAUGCCACGGUCCUGCUGGACUAUCACCUGAACUAUCUAAAGGAGGUGGAUCAGCUUCGUCUGGAGCGCCUUCAGAUUGACGAGCAGCUCAGGCAGAUAGGAGGAGGAGGAGGUGGAGGAGGAGGGACAGGGCCUCGGAACCUCAAAGACAAGACCUACGUGUUUGAUAAUGGCAUGGGGGGGCUGGGGAGUGGUAGAGGAGCUGGAGGAGGAGGGAAGCCCUAUGCAGGAGGAGGAGGAGGAAGAGGAGGCCGCGGGCGAAGAGGCGGUGGUGCAGCUUUUGCCUCAGGCACCAAUUCAGAGGCGUCUAACGCAUCAGAGACCGAGUCCGACCACAGAGAGGAGCUCAGUGAUUGGUCGCUAGCCCCCACCGAGGAGCUAAUGACCGGAGGCGGGACACUGCCAAGACGAACAGACGGGAGAAGGAGAGGGGGCGGAGGAGGGCCGCGAGGCAGAGGGGGGAGAGGAAGAGGAGGGGGAGGUUAUAAAGGUGACGACAUCCAGUGGAGCGACCCGAGACCUCGUCAAGUUAGAGACUCCAAGCCAAGAGGGCCGGAAGACACACUACAGAUCCGCGUGGACAGUAACAAUGAGCGCAGCGUGCAGCACUCCUCAGGAGGCCGAGGAGGAGGUCCCAACUCAUCCCAGGCUGGCAUCAGUGCUGGCAGCGAGGGCCCAUCUCGCCAUCACCAUCAGAGACCCGUCAGGGACCGAGGGAUGAAGAAGGAAAAACAGGACGCUCCUCCGCUGGUGAAUGGAGUGUCGUAGAAACACCACUGGAGGACCUUCUCACUCAGAGAACCACACUCAGAAACACACACGCGACCAACCCCGUCGUAAACCAUCAUAGAGUCUCUUUGGCUUUUUUCUUUCUCUGUUGUUGUCAAACACGCAGGUACACAUAUUUUUCAUCAGCAUGGAAGAGUUCACCUCUGUGAAGCUGUAGACCGGAGGUGAUCUGGUUUCUGUUUGGUCUGCUUUGUUGACUUCUGAGUGGCCUGGACUGGAUUUCUUCUUGACUGGUCUGGUUUCUCCUGUUCUUGAUUGAUUCAAAACUUAAAAAAAAAAAAAACUACCACUUUGGUAAAAAAAAGUAGACUACAGCUCAUCACUCACAGAGGCAUAACGUCAAACGUGCUCCCCUAUCCAUUAAAGGCUAAACUUUGUUUAUUUGUUUUUUUUUUCAUUGACCUGAAAUUUCUCACAUCAAAAUAAAAUCAAACGAAUCAAGGAAAUCAUACUGUGAUGAGGAAACAAGAACCCAGGGCCCUUCCAGAAAAGGAUUUGAAUUAAGGAACAGAAAAUAACUUGCACUCAUAUUAUAGCUAACGUCAAAAAACGUGAGCAGGAUGAAAUGUGCCACUCCCACGGCACACUUUGACUGUGUGUCGACUGGAGGUGUUUACUGCCCCCCCAACACUUGGCAAUCGUAACAGAACAUUGCUGAGAAGAAAGUCCAUUCAGCAACUUCCAGGUGCUUUUCCAGAGAGACUUUGAAACUUUCUUGAUUCAUUCCAAAACCCCUUUUUUCAGAAGUUGCAGAUGUGUUUUGGUGUCACCUUGAGACGUUGGGGGGUGGGGGGUGGGGGGGGGACCCAGAUCCUCCAGACUAAGAGAAGAUGUUUUCAGCACUUAGCUUUUUCCUCUUUCUUUUGUUUUUUAAGAUAGUUCUUCUAGCCCUGAUCAUUGUGUCUAAAUCCUAAUUGCCUUUGGGAUCAGCAAAGAGGAGAGAGUUUCAAUGUUGCAGAUCGAAAUGCACACAGGUAUGCAAAGGCAAUGAAUUUUUCAACAAGUACUUGUUCCAUCAUUGAUGUCAUCUGUGUUUUGUUAACUCAGUUAUGUAGAACUUCAGUCUCCCCGACUGUGUGACCAAGCUUUCAUUCAGCAGCAUACUAGACCAAUGUGGAGACAUAAAUCUGAGGCACAGCAGAGGCAAAGAUACCCACUACUCAGACACUCCAACGGGCUACAACAUGUCAGUUACCAGGGUUCCUUUUCAAAUGAAUUACUUUUCAUUAGGGCCCGACCGAUAUGUGAUCUUUGGGGCCGAUAGCGAUGUCGAUAUCAAGGAGAUAAAAAAACCUGAUACCGAUAUAUCGGCUGACAUCUUUCUUAGAUCUGUAGAGAUAGAAAGACAUAGAUGUACACAUUUAUUGUGUAAAUCCCUCAAAUGCAAUUAUCAAACACUUGUGGAAAAGAUGUAAAAUAAACACAAGAUGGUCACUUAACUGGAGAGUAACCAUAUAUGUGCAUCACUGCUUGACACUCUGGAGAGUGAUGAUGCUUGUUGUAGUCCAUAUAGCGCACUCUGCUGGUGACAACUAGAAAGAGCGCUACUAGUUAAAUACAAUGAUACUCAAAUUAAAUGCUAUUUGAUUGAUGAAUAAAUCUAGUAAUAUCAGUGCAUACAUGCGAUAAGAUUAGCCGAUACCGAUAUUCACUGGAUAUUCUCAUAUCGGCCGAUAUUAUCGACUGGCUGAUUAAUCGGUCGGGCUCUACUUUUCAUGUGAUCAGUUGACUAAGACAACAGUCCCUGUGAAUUCACUUUAAAUUGUCUUCUGUAUGUGAGCACUGAUGAAACAUGGACCAUUUAGCCCCCACAGACCCCUUGUUGUAUUGAGAACCUGCAGCACAGACCUCAGAGGGGCUGGUGGGACAGGAAACAGCCUAAAUGUCUUCUCCAAGCUGACCGAGAAAGUUACUGUAAACAUGUUUGAAAUUAGGCUGCAUGAGGAUUAUACAGAAAGAAGAUUCAAUUGUUUUUAUUUAUGGAUUCAUUCCUCGCGAGCUUCUACUGUCCAGGGUGAAACUGUGAACACGGAUCCAUUGCAGUCAUACGUGACUCCUUUUAAAUAUUUACUUCAGAACACAUACGAGGCAGCAGCAUUAUUCCUGCUUCAAACAUAUCUGUGCUGACACGGAUGAGUAGUUUACACCAAUAACGCUCUACGGAUUGGCCUCCACAAUUAUGGGAAUCAAACAAACAAACAAAAAAAGAGAAGCUACUGUAAAUGUGAAUAAUUCAUACCAUGUAGCACCGCUAAAGGAAUAAUCAAUUCAGUAUAAGAUGUCUAGAACACAGAUUCAGACUUUAUAUUCCCAAACGGUGUACAGUCAUUAAAUAAACAGUCAUCAAUAAAACUUUGUUGUACAGAGAAUCCAAGCUGUUGUGAUACAUAUGUUCUGAUAUACAGUAUGUUUGUAGUACCCUUCUGCACUGGCUCUCCUUUUUAUACAGGGAGGGGCUUAUUUUUCAAUAUCUCCUUGGAAACGGCCGGUUAAAAGGAUCCCCCACUAGACUGAUGGGAGCCUUUUGAAGUCUCUACUGGGGGGUUUCACACCGAGAAGGCUUAGCCUGUGAUCUGGACUUUUCUUUGCUUGAUUAGAUCGACAUCUGUUCUACAUCUUAAUGAGUACAGUGACAAUUCGCUUCUCAGACAAACUUGAUGAGGUUGAAAGAUUAAGGCAGCAUCAUCAUGAAUGUAGUCGGGUGAUCACAGAAGCUUUUCUUUAAUUUAUACAAACUUUUUGUACUUCACUGUUUUGUUUUGCAGCUAGAGAACCUGUUUGAAGUGUUGUAGAAGAAACGUUUCACCGACGUAUACCUUUACUAAAUAAACCUUUGCUCUCAGCUUUUCUCUUCCUGGUUUUCAAACUGAUGUGGGGCUGAUAAGCCUUCUUAUCUAACUGUUGUCAUUCAUCUUAUAUUGUUCUUUUCUCUUGCCUAUUUUUGUGUAAAUAGAGAGGAGGGUCUCUGACUUUGAGUCACAAUAAAUUGUUAUCUUUGAAACCAUAAA